AAAGAAAAAGAAGGAAUUCACCAUGACAUCGGCAAGUUGCUUUGGCUAUCCCAUCAGUAUCUUCUUCAUUGUCAUCAAUGAAUUCUGUGAACGAUUCUCUUACUAUGGCAUGCGAGCGGUGCUCGUACUGUACUUCAAAAAUUUUAUUAAAUGGGAUGAUGACCUGUCCACAGCGAUCUACCACACCUUUGUGGCUAUCUGCUACUUAACACCAAUCAUGGGAGCAAUCAUUGCUGACUCAUGGCUGGGCAAAUUCAAAACCAUCAUCUACCUGUCUGUAGUAUAUGCAGUAGGGCAAGUCAUUAUGGCGGUGAGCUCCAUUAAUGAUCUGACGGACAUGAAUAGGGAUGGUGAGCCCGAUUCCAUUGAUGUGCAUAUAGCGCUGUCUAUGAUUGGCCUACUGUUGAUAGCUUUGGGUACUGGGGGAAUCAAACCCUGUGUGGCAGCCUUUGGAGGAGAUCAGUUUGAAGAGCACCAGGACAAACAAAGAACCCGAUUCUUUUCCAUUUUCUACCUCUCUAUUAAUGCUGGAAGUCUUCUGUCUACUUUAAUCACUCCCAUUUUAAGAGGACAGGAGUGCGGAAUCCACACCACGCAGAAAUGCUACCCACUGGCAUUUGGAGUUCCUGCAGCACUAAUGGCUGUUGCCCUGGUUGUCUUCAUCGUUGGAAGCGGCAUGUAUAAGAAGAACUCUCCACAGGGAAACAUAAUGCUUCAGGUGUCCAAGUGCAUUGGGUUUGCUCUGAGGAACAGAUGGAAGCAUCGAAGCAAGUCAUUCCCCAAGAGAGAGCAUUGGUUAGACUGGGCCAAAGAAAAGUAUGAUGAUCGACUCAUUGCCCAAAUUAAAAUGGUUAUGAAGGUCCUCUUCUUAUAUAUUCCUCUGCCUAUGUUCUGGGCCCUAUUUGACCAGCAGGGAUCAAGAUGGACCUUACAAGCCACUACAAUGAAUGGCGAUUUUGGUGCCUUUCAGCUUCAGCCAGAUCACAUGCAAAGCGUAAACCCAAUCCUGAUCCUCGUCUUAGUCCCAAUUGUUGAUGCUGCAAUUUAUCCUUUGAUUCGGAAAUGCAAACUGAACUUCACGCCUCUAAAAAAAAUGACAGUUGGAAUGUUCCUAGCUGGUAUGGCCUUUAUUGCUGCUGCCCUCUUGCAGAUGGAAAUAGAUAAAACUCUUCCAGCUUUGGCAGGUAAAGGCGAAGUACAGCUAAGAAUUAUCAAUUCGGACACCCAAGAUGCAACAGUACAGUUAAAUGGAGCAGAAAUGCCAUUAGUAGUGGCAGCAAGACAGGCAACUUCAGAUUACACUGCUUUCAAGAUAUCAGAUAUAAAAAAUGUUACAGUUACUUUCAGUCAAAACACCGGCUCCAGCAAUUCAGUUAAUGCCCAAUUUAUAGAAGAAGCUCGUCAAACUCUUCUUAUAUACAAUAAUCCAUUCCGUUAUGAAUUGAUUGAAGAUUAUAAAAGCAAACCAGCAGAUGGAAACAAUGCAGUCAGAUUUAUCAAUCGCUUAAACACUGAUGUGUCCAUCAUUAUUAAUGGCGCUGAAAUGCCAGGUUUGAACUCUUCAGCCAUUUCAAAUUAUACCCUUCUCACAAGAGGAAAGAAGGACAUUACCAUUAUUGGAAAUAGAUCUUGCACCACAACUGAAACUUUUGGAUUUGGAAGUGCUACAACUUUUGUGAUCUUUGAAGAGUGUGAAACAGAGAAGACUGCACCUAACCUUCUAAGAGUUACUGAUAUUCAACCCAACACUAUUCAUAUGGCUUGGCAGAUUCCUCAGUACUUCUUGGUAACACUGGGUGAAGUUGUCUUCUCAGUUACUGGCCUGGAAUUCUCCUACUCACAGGCUCCUUCCAACAUGAAAGCAGUUCUCCAGGCAGGCUGGCUAUUAACGGUGGCGGUGGGUAACAUCAUUGUGCUGAUAGUUGCUGAAGCUGCUGGCUUCAAAGAGCAGUGGGCAGAGUACGUGCUUUUUGCUUCAUUACUUGUCGUGGUGUGUGUAAUAUUUGCUAUCAUGGCCUACUUCUACACCUAUGUGGACCCAGCAGAGAUCGAAGCUCAGUUUGAUGAGGAUGAAAUGCAGAAGAAGAAAAAAGAAAUGGACAUGGCAACAUAUGAAAAUGUGCCCAUCCAGGAAAAGCAGAGCAAGCUCUAAAACCAUGGACUGACCCUUAAAUUUAAGACAUUUUUGUAACUGAUUCAUAUCAUGAUUACUGGACUA